AUGGACACCACGAUUGUGAGCACAGAGCAAAACACCCCAGAUAAUACCACACCCAGUGGACCUAGCACCCCCCUAGACGACUUGCAUGAUGCAAAAAGGCCGGUCAACCCAACCCCCAACUUAAAAGAAAGUCAGGAGUCUUCACAUGUUAGUCAACUGAAUGCACUGAUUAAUUCAUUAAAUGCAAAGGAAACCACAGAAAUUCCCGUAAACGACACCCCUAAUUUUAGUCGCAGUGCCAGUGACGACAAAUCUGAGGAAUUUAUGGACGCGGAUGAUAAUACCCCGGAAGGAGAGGACAUCCCACCUGCAAGACCCUCCCACCCAAAUCCCUCAGGACACUCCACCCCUAACAUGACUCCCUCAGACAAUAUCCCACCGCACCCCACAUCUGAUACCACAGUACACAUGCAGAACUUUCAGUCCGCCUAUGUAACCCAAUCUAAUCACCCGACGAGGGUAACCAUUAAAAGGGUUGAAAUGCCGGCAGGGAUUACAGCCAGACCCCUAAAUUUUGGGUUAGAAACCGAUUUACACCACCACGCACCUGCCCAUAGCAACAAAGGAGCCAUGCCAAAACAACCUCAACCAACUUUUAAAGCAAAAAGUUUGGAAAAUGUCAAUGUAGAACGAGUAAAGACAAACCGAAGAAAGGGUGAACUGAGUAGCUCUGAUCUCGGCAAGUCUGCACUCAAUAGUACAAAACAUACACACACAGGCCCAAUCAACCCCUCAGCCAGUAACUUAAUUAACAUUGUGGACAAUAAUGAGGUUAAGAUACAAGUCAAUGCUUCUGACAUACCAAAAUCCCUACAAGACUCCAUACAUCGCUUCAACAGCGGGGAAAACACCUCAGAAGACGACAGAGGAGCUUACUAUCUCGAGUGGACAGAAAGGUAUAACUCUGUUGCUGUCUUUUUAGAGCUCUAUGAUCCUGUUGUAUUAGCACUGGAGAAAAUUUCAGAAUGGACAGAUAAAGAUUCAGCCAAUGCAGCAAAUCAGUUAGGAGCAUCCAUAAAAAAACCCGAAUUUGUUAUUUCUUUAGAAGUUGUAAGUCAGGUAUUUAGCUUCAGCAGUAUUUUAUGCAAAGCGUUCCAGCAACGAAAUAUUGAUUUAAAGCAGGCUGCAAAUUUGGCGGAAGAUACAAUUGCUGAACUUCAAAGCUUGCGGGAAAAUGCAAGUUUGGAAUUCAAAAAACUAUUUUUAAAAGUGAAAAAAUUGGGCGAAAAGUUUGAGUUUCCUAUAAAUAAACCGCGAACUAGCCUAUAUCAAACAAAAAGGUGUAAUGUUGAUACGGAAAGUACCGAAGAUUAUUACCGGAUUGCAAUAUAUAUUCCAUUUUUGGACUCUUUUAUAAGUAACAUAAAAGAAAGAUUUUCAAAACAUAAGCAAAUAUUGGCCGGAUUUCAAAGCCUGUUUCCCAAAGAUCCGUCCAUUCUCACCGACGAAGCGAUAACUGAAUUCCAAUCGUUGGUAUUAUUUUAUAAACAUGACCUGACAGGAACCAAAGAUGAGCUAGUUGUCGAACUUAGACUUUGGUACAGAUCAAUUGCUAGACUGCCAAAUGAAAAGCGGCCCAGAGAUGCCUUGAGCGCAUUACAACACGUUACUGACACCUUUACAAAUAUCAGGACAUUACUCCAUGUAUUAGCUAUACUGCCUGUCUCUACUGCUGAAGGUGAACGUAGUUUUUCAACUCUGCGACGACUCAAAAGUUAUUUGAGAAACAGUACCUCGGAAAACCGGUUAAAUGGCCUGACUCUUUUGCAUAUUUAUAGAAAUAUGACUCCGUCUGUAGAAAAUAUUUUAAAUAGGUUCGCCGAGAAGCCUAGAAAAUUAAAACUCAGCUUGGCUUAA